AUUUCUGUCAAAUCACUCUGCUGACUAAAACAAAAUUUGGCAAUUUACAGGUUCAGUAGGUGCUAACAGCUAGAAGCUUGAUUAAAUUUAAUUUCCCAGAGGAUGAGGAAAACUGCACUACGUCAUCCACUCAGGCAUUUAAAUCUCUCAGUGAUCUUGCUGGGAGUCGCACAGAUAAGAUGAGAGCUAUAUCAAACUGCAGAGCAUCUGAGCACACAAGAUGGAGGGUGUUGAUAUUUUUUUCAUUUGCUUUUCUUACCAGUGUUGCUUGCAGCCAGACAAACCCAAACAAGGUGCUGGUAGGAUUUCAGGCUCCUCGAAAUGCAUCAUAUCCAUUCAGUGUGCAGAAACUGGGAUCUGCCAUUCAAAUAGCCAUAGACAAGGUCAACUCCAAUCCAUCACUACUAGAAAAUUAUACUCUCGACUUUGUGUACGUGGAUACUGACUGUAAUGCCAAGGUUUCACUUGGAUCGUUCAUUGAUCAGAUGUGGCAGGACAAUAUAUCAGCACUCUUUGGGCCACCGUGUCCUGAGGAAGCAGAGGUCACUGGUCUUAUUGCAUCCACUUGGAACAUCCCAAUGUUUGGUUUUGUGGGACAGACCCCCAAAAUGGACAAUUUUUACGUUUAUGAUACUUAUAUUAAAAUAGUGCCUCCACUUAAGAGAGUAGGGGAAAUCUUGGUGAAGACACUGGAUUUCUUUGGGUGGACACAUGUUGGUGUAAUUGGAGGAGGUUCAGAAUCCAACACCUGGGACAAAGUGGAUGCUCUUUGGAAAUCUGUAGAACAGCAACUGCAUGCCAGGGUAACAGUGACGGCCAGCAUCAAGUUCGACCUCAGUGACCCUCAGCUAAUACAAAGGAACAUUCAGCACAUCUCCAAGGUUGCAAGAGUGAUCAUAGUGUUGAGUAAUGCUGAGGACUCCACUAAGCUGGUGAUGGAGGCAGAGCGGCAGGGGCUGAUGAAAGGAGAGUAUGUAUUCCUCCUCAUACAGCAGUUUGAGGUCAGUGGCAAUGUGGAUAACCUGUGGAAAAGUGCAGUCAGUGACAACAAAGAGACAGCCCUGAAGGCCUUUGAUAUGGUGUUUGUCGUUGCUGAGAAGUCUUACGAAGGAUAUGAUUACUAUGAUUUCUUUGACCGUGUUUACGAAAGGCUGAAAGGGGCUCCUUUUUACAGCAAUCUUUCCUCAGAAAGAGAGGUAAGCCCUUACGCUUCCUAUCUUCAUGACGCCGUCUUGCUCUACGCCAUGGGUUUAAAGGCAGUUCUUAAAGACGGCAACAAUCCUCGUAACGGACGAGAGCUGCUCCGGAACCUCAGAGAUAAAAACAGCAUCAGGUUCUAUGGAGCCUCGGGUCUAGUUCACUUUGAUGAAUAUGGAGACAGGAAUACAGAUUAUUCUGUCUUCGACUUGCAAAAAAGUGAUGGUGACAUGAAGUUUGUACCUAUCCUAAAUUUCGACAGUCACUCAAAACAGCUCAAAACAACAGCUAAGUUUUCAAGUGUUAUCUGGCCAACUGGGAAACUACCAACAGAUAACCCAGAGUGUGGUUUCGAAAAUGAACUUUGUGAAUGGCUAAACAGUGAGAUAUACAUGAUUGUUCUGCUGGUUGCUGUACCACUGAUUGGAGUAGCAGCACUGGCAUUCAUCACACUGCUGACUGUACAGAAGAUUCGUCUGCAGACCAGACUGGAUGACAACAACUGGUGGCUUAUUGAAUACAGUGAUAUCACCAUCAUCAAGGAGCCUAAGGGAGUGCAACCACUGUCAGUAAGUACAACUCCAAGCAAAAGUGGAAGUGGUGGCUCUCAGACCAUCCUCUCUUCUUACAGCUAUGGACUAAAGGACAUCAAUGGCAAAGAGAACAUCUACACAACAAUCGGUCUAUUCCAGGUACAAAACGUCAAAGAGUCUUCUUCACAGGGAAAUCAAGUAGGCAUCAAAUACCUGAAGAAUCAGCUUCCUCGUGACCUCAAGAAAUCCACACUCGUUUCCGAGUUGAAUAUGAUGAAGGAACUGAAGCACGAGAACCUGGUGCAGUUUUUCGGGGUGUGUAAUGAACCACCUAAUGUUUGCAUUGUCAUACAGUACUGCAAGAAAGGAAGCUUAAAGGAUGUUCUGAGGAACAAUGAAAUAGAGCUGGAUUGGAUGUUCAAACUGUCGUUUGCCUACGACAUUGUUAGUGGCAUGGAGUACCUACACAGGAGCAGUCUGAAAUCUCAUGGCAAUCUGAAGCCUAGCACCUGUCUAGUGGACAGUCGGCUGCAGGUCAAACUCUCAGGCUUUGGCCUCUGGGAAUUUAAACACGGCACCAAACACAAACUGGUCCCACUUGAGAACCCCAAGUAUGAAGAGAUGUUCUGGAUUGCUCCAGAACUUUUAAGAGAAGUGUACCUUCCAUUUAAUGGAACUCAAAAAGGAGACGUCUUCAGCUUUGCUAUAAUCAUGCGAGAGCUGAUAUACAGCUCAGAGGCAGGACCCUACCAUGAUAUACAGCUGGAACCAAAAGAAAUCAUCAAGCAGCUGAGGACCCCUUUCGCAGGUGAGCCCCUCAGACCUACUCUGUGUCCUCAGAUGUGUGAUGAAGCUCUAAUAAGCCUGCUGACUGCAUGCUGGAGUGAGAACCCAGACCAGAGACCCCAUUUUAGCUCCAUCAGAAGAGGUCUACAAAGUAUCAGCCCUGAGAGCCAUGCCAAUAUCUUGGACAAUAUGGUGAACAAGCUUGAGAAAUAUGCCAAUCACCUUGAAGAAGUAGUAGAGGAGAGGACCACCCAGCUCACUAUAGAAAAGGCCAGAGCAGAUAAGCUUCUAUCCAGUAUGCUGCCAAGAUACAUAGCAGAGCAGCUAAUGGCAGGAAAGUCGGUGGAACCCAGGAGUUAUGAAAUAGUCACCAUCUUUUUCUCUGACAUCGUGGGAUUUACCAGCAUGUGUGCGAUCAGCUCAGCCCUGGAGGUGGUGACAGUCCUCAAUGAUCUCUACAGCCUGUUCGAUGAGAUUAUCAAACUCUACGAUGUUUAUAAGGUUGAAACAAUAGGAGAUGCAUACAUGGUUGCAAGUGGGCUGCCAAUAGCCAACGGAAAUAGACAUGCAGAAGACAUCUCCAUUAUGGCACUCCAUUUCCUCAAUGCCAUUAAACGAUUCAGCAUUAGACACCUACCCAACCAGAAGCUGGCACUUCGCAUUGGAAUCAACUCAGGUCCAGUGGUUGCUGGAGUGGUGGGCAGUACGAUGCCCCGCUACUGCUUGUUUGGAGACACAGUGAACACUGCCUCCAGGAUGGAAAGUAACAGCUUGCCACUGAGGAUUCACAUCUCUCAGAGCACCGCCGAUAUUCUCUUGAAGAUCGGCUCUUAUGAACUGGAGGAGAGGGGGGAGGUUGAGUUGAAGGGGAAAGGGCUUCAGAAGACGUACUGGUUGAACAAUAAAAUAGGUUUGAAGUUUCCUACGAUGCCGCAGCAGUAUGAUUCGGGAGCAUGUCCAGAGCCAGCAGCAGAGCUGUCGACAAACAAAUCAAACCAAAGCACAAGUGAGCCUGAGGGUAAAGACAAGGGAAGAACACAGAUGAAUCAAACCACGGGUAAAAUUCCUGCCGCUCACACACUGACUGUUCCUGACAUCUAGAGACCAAACUGCAGAGCUACCUCUAUUUUUUGUGUUCCAGUUACAGCCACUUUUAUAAGCAAAAAACAAAGACAAAGAGUUAGAUGUAGUUUUUUAAUUAAGACACAAAUAUUAUAAAGACAUUAUUUCUAAUCAAACCAAAGCAAGAUGUAUUUUCUUGCCACUGGAGCAGGAUAUCAGUGAGGGUCAUGCUUCCGACUCUUGUGCAUUUUAACUAUGUAACUAGUCUCACAUAUCUGCUUCAAGUGUACAAGACUGCUAAACAAAGUGAAGAUGUAUGCAAGUGUUUAGGAGGAGGAAUGUGUGUUACACUCCCUGAGACCCUUGUAUGGCUGUUCUGUGUGAGUGUGUGUGUGUAUGUGUGUGUGUGUGUGUGUGUGUGUAAGAGGGCUGCACAGUACAAAGUUUAAGCAUGAGCAAUAAUCAAAAUUGCAGGACAUGCUUUUUUGGAAUAUGAUAAAAAGGAAAUGCCAUAAUCAAAUAUCAGCCCAAUAUCACACAGUUUCUCCUAUUCUUGUAUUAUUUCAUUACAUGUUGGAUCUUUGAUAUCUUGUGUUUUCUGGUGGAUUAUGGUAAAACUUUCUGUGUUUUUAAAUUUCGCAAUAAAUAUUGCAAACAAAAAAUGCAAUUUAAUUGUUUUGUAACAUUGUGCAGCAAGUGUGUUUCACUGCGUUUUGAGAAUUUACCAAACCAUCCACCUUUACAAACUGGUAUAACCUAGAAUGGCAUUCAGCAGAAUCAUACACAGCAUGCAUAAAAACGUGCCUGUAAAAUAGAGAAAAAGCGUGAUUAGCUUCCAAGUUUCCAAGAGCUUUGUUUAAACUGUAAAAUGGAUAUGCUUCUAAAAUGUAUGAAAAAAGGGAAACAAAAUAACCUUAGAAAACAAAGCAAAAAUAUCUAACUUUUAAAUAUUUUACAAAACAAAGUUUAUUAAACAAAUCAUUUUAAGACUGUGAAAUAUAAAUAAUAUGUACAAACACAGUAACAGGUUUUUGAUAAGUCUUUGAAAAUGUAAGUAUGUGUACAGUGGGGUCUUAGAGGUCUGUAGGAAAUGCUUUUAUUUUGCAUUAAUUUCUUAUUAAUGCAACUUUUUAAAAUGUUUAAUUAUUAUUAAUAAUUAUUAUAAAACAGCAACAUAACAAUAACAAAAAAUGCUUGUUUUAAUUUGUAUUAUUGUUUAUGGAUUCUACGGAUGUAUUUGUAUGUCUUUAGUUUUUGCUUUAAAUAUCAGAUAUAAUGUGUCUUUGUGUUUUCACUGAUUUGGUGCAUUUUUAACUUUUUUUUCAUAAUAACUUACAUGACAUACCUGCAAGAUGUGUAUAACUGGAGGAAUGCUCAGCUGGAAAAGGCCAGAUUUAAAGAACACACUGUGAGUAAACUUAUAGAGAAAAAAACUGCACACAUGGGAUAUAAAAAAUAACUGCUACCUCUGAUUUGAAACUCCAUUGUCAAAAUUCCUCCGCUGGGGUCAGAUUGCAGUUUGGUGCUCCUCGAAGUGCAUGGAGUCUUUUAGAGAAUUUUAAAAAGUCUUAAAAUUGUGCUUAUUUGUUUAUCUUGAAGUUGAAAAGAUAUUUUAUGAGAACUUCUCUCAUUCUUACCGGCUGACAGAAGAGCUUUUCUCCAUCACACACUUGAACUUCACAGUGAAGCCAGACCGUGGACACCUUCUCUAAGCGCUGAAAGCGGAACGAAUUAAACUUGAACAUGGAGCGACUGUCUUUGGCAUUCUCAAAUAUGGUGACUGUAUUAUCUGAGGAGCAGCUGUGAACAGAACAAAGAUCACAAAGUGAGCAGUAUCUAGUGUUUAUACUCUCAUGAGACGAGUCAUCUUAUCAAAAUAAAACCAUGUAGAUUUAACAUAACCUUACCUAUUGACAAUCAAGCUCCACCUCUUCCUGUCUGUUGAAUAUGGAGUAGGUGUUGCCCAGCAGUUUGUUAUAACCACCUUAAACCUAUAGAAGAAGAUAAACACUUAGAUUUGUCUGUGAAUGAAUCUAUGAAAAAAGCUUUAUCUUCUGAAAGCACUGUCCACAUCUGAUAACCGGGGGAUGACGUACCUGUUACUCAGUCCUUUUGCUUCAAUACCAAUAAAAACCUCUGAGCCAA